CGUGGCAGCAGCCGCUCGUUCUUCCAGCGCGAGCGGGAGCCGGAGCCGGAGCGAGCUGGGUUAUGGUUCAGCCGGGGCGCAGCUUCAAGGGGGCUCCGUUCUGCGGAGGGAGAAUGCUGCUGCUUAUUCUCUUGAUCAUCUUUCCAGCAUUUGUGUUACCAACAAAGAUGUCGCCUCUGAUAGAAAAAAUUAGUGAUCAGAAGGACUUCAAGAAGCUCCUGAGAACACGGAAUAAUGUGUUGGUGCUAUAUUCCAAAUCUUCGGUAGCUGCUGACAGUUCGCUCAGGUUAUUAUCUGAUGUAGCCCAAGCUGUGAAAGGCCGUGGUACUAUAACAUGGAUAGAUUGCGGUGAUUCAGAAAGCCGAAAACUAUGCAAGAAGAUGAAGGUUGAUCCUGGUUUGAAAGAGAAAGGGAUAGAAUUACUACACUACAAGGAUGGUGCAUUUCACACUGAAUAUAACAGAGCACUUACACUGAAGUCACUGGUUGCCUUUCUAAAGGAUCCUGAAGGAGCUCCAUUGUGGGAGGAAGAUCCUGAAGCCAAAGAUGUUGUCCAUAUUGACAGUGAAAAGGAACUGAAAAGACUUCUGAAGAAAGAAGAUAAACCUGUUCUCCUGAUGUUCUAUGCCCCUUGGUGCGGAGUUUGCAAACGAAUGAUGCCAGCUUUCCAGCAAGCAUCCACAGAACUGAAGGGCAUGUAUGUACUUGCAGGGAUGAAUGUCUACUCAUCUGAAUUCGAAAAAAUAAAAGAAGAAUAUAAUGUCCGGGGAUAUCCAACGAUAUGCUACUUUGAAAAGGGGAAAUUUUUGUUUAACUUUGAAAACUAUGGUGCUACAGCAAAGGACAUAGCAGAAUGGCUGCAAAAUCCUCAGCCACCAAAGCCACAGACUCCUGAGACUCCUUGGUCAGAAGAGGAAAAUGCUGUUUAUCACCUAACAGAUGAUGAUUUUGACAAGUUUAUCAAGGAACAUUCUUCUGUAUUAGUGAUGUUCUACGCACCAUGGUGUGGACAUUGUAAGAAAAUGAAGCCAGAAUAUGAGAAAGCCGCAGAGAUGUUCCAUACAGACAGUGAUAAAUCAGGUGUCUUGGCAGCAGUAGAUGCAACUGUUAACAAAGCUGUAGCAGAAAAAUUUCACAUAUCAGGAUUUCCAACACUCAAGUUCUUUCAGGAUGGAGAAGAGAAAUACACCUUGCCUCACCUCCGCACAAAGACUAAAAUUGUUGAAUGGCUCCUAAAUCCUCAGGCACCACCUCCCCCUGAACCAUCUUGGGAAGAAAGGCAAACAAGUGUUACCCAUCUUGCCGGUGAAGACUUUAGAGAAUUUUUAAAGAAAAAGAAGCACGCUCUCGUAAUGUUUUAUGCUCCAUGGUGUCCACACUGUAAAAACUCCAUUCCACAUUUCACAACCGCAGCAGAACUCUUUAAAGAAGAUCGAAAGAUUGCCUAUGCUGCAGUGGAUUGCGCCAAAGAACAGAACCAUGACUUGUGUAAGCAGGAAGGUGUGGAUGGAUAUCCAACCUUUAACUACUACAAUUAUGGAAAAUUUAUAGAAAAAUAUAAUGGAGACAGGGGGGAAUCUGGAUUUUCGGUUUACAUGCGAACUCUCAGAGAGAGAGAUCAUGAGAAGAUAGGGAAGAAGAAAGAUGAAUUGUAAUUUCUGCCUCAAAAAAGAAAAAAAAACCCAAUUCCACUGCACUGUGAACGGUCUCAGGGUCACUGGUACAAUGCCUGAGAUUACACAUCUUUUAAAGAACAGAGACUUUGUUUUUAUAGACCGCCAUUGCCAUUUUCUACAACUUUGAAAAUAAAUUGAAAUCAUGUUUUGUUUUUUAAAGAAAAAUGCCAUCAUUGUUGCCAUAUUCUGUUAUGGAAAAGAACAAAAGAAGAGCAUUUUCUUAAUGUUCAGUACACCUAUGCCCAUUGAUAUUCCUAUGCAAUCUUUUUGUAAUCUGUAGGUUUGAUAGUGAUUUCCUCUGACAAAGUAAUCUUUGUGUUUUUAAUUUUGAAAAAGAUUUUAUGAGAAAUGGCUUUUAAAAAUGGGAGGGGGAAAAUAAAAUAAGAUGCAAAAGUGAUCAUCAGGUGCAAGCUCAGUUAUGGGAAUUAGGGGAAGUCGAGCAUUCUGAUCCCAAUGGCCUCUGCCCAGAGAUCCUUCAAAGGCAGUUUUAUAGGGUACAUGUGCAGAGCACUUACUUCAGGAGCCAGUUGGGAUAAAGGGCACUUUCAGUCCACGUGGUCCGCGUUCUGCAUAGCCUGACACCCACUUUGUGUAGCUGAUGGGACAUCAGCAGGAAUAAGGCACAUGGCAGAAUUGCUACAACCUGGGGUUGGGGGAGGGAGAAUAACUUUUCCCAGAAUCAGCGGAGGCAUUUCCAGCCACGUUCAAUUUUGCCAAACGUGUAGCAUGGCUACUUAUGAUUAGGACACGCUCUUACCAACUUUCAAAGAUUAUGCUUGUCCCCACCCCCCCUCCGAUUAAUGUGGGAGAGUCAUUUUUAAGAUGCUCAGGGAUAAUAGGGAAAUAACAAAGCAGCAUUGGCCGUUUCAGAUCUUAAUUGACCGUAGUGGUAUUCCUUUUCCUCCUCCUCUUCUUUUUGUAAUAUGCCGUACCUGAAUUGUUUACAUAUCUUUAUAGAAUGUAUGAUUGAUUAGAAUCAAUGUCUCUGCAGCAGUACACAUCAAGUAUGAAAAUGAUUCUCAGUGUACAUGUUAACAUUCAUGUUGUCAAAUGCUCCCGUAGGUGUAGUGCAGGUAUAAGGUUCUACUUAAUUUAUGAUAACAACUCCGUAUUUGCUAAGCAUUCUACCCGACUGUGUGUUUGACAGAGACAUUGAUAUUUUUGAUAGGAAGAACCAUCAUGCAACUAUAUGCGUUUAUGUUCCAAAGGCUUGUCUGUAUGUGAAUAUUAAAAGAAGUAUAACUUCUUAAGAGCUCUAUAAAAACAGGCCAUACUUUAAAAAACCAAACACUUGUUUGGCCCUGUCAGCAGUGUAAGAAAAUACAGCAUUAGAACCAGCUUUUACAAGUCCAUAAUUGUGUGCUGAUUCUGUGAAGGUGAUCUGGACACUGUGUCUUCAUGGGUUUAUGAUUAUUAUUAUUUUUGUGACUUUGAAUUGGAUCCAAAAAUAAAAAAAGGCUGAA